AUGGCUAGGACCAAGCAGACAGCUCGCAAGUCCACCGGCGGCAAGGCGCCACGUAAGCAGCUGGCCACCAAGGCGGCCCGCAAGAGCGCGCCGGCCACGGGCGGCGUGAAGAAGCCGCACCGCUACCGGCCCGGCACGGUGGCCCUGCGCGAGAUCCGCCGCUACCAGAAGUCUACGGAGCUGCUGAUCCGCAAGCUACCGUUCCAGCGCCUGGUGCGCGAGAUCGCGCAGGACUUCAAGACCGACCUGCGCUUCCAGAGUUCGGCUGUGAUGGCGCUGCAGGAGGCGUGCGAGGCCUACCUGGUGGGGCUCUUCGAGGACACCAACUUGUGUGCUAUCCAUGCUAAGCGUGUCACUAUUAUGCCCAAGGACAUCCAGCUUGCGCGCCGCAUCCGUGGGGAGAGGGCAUAA